ACCGCGUUCGACGCGUACUUCCUGCACGCCUCGAAGCCCUCACGGACGUCGGCGAACGUCUUCUCGCAGCUCGUCCCCCCGCUCACGCCCGAAGAGCACGCAGCCGCACUCGCACGAAUACAGCAAGACCCCCGCGAACGCGAACGGGUGCUGUGGCGCGACGCACGCGCGCGCCGCGCGUGGUUCCGGCGCAUCAGGACGGAGCUCGCGGAGGGCUUCAACGUGCUGCUCUACGGCUGCGGCUCGAAGCGCGAGCUCCUGAACGCCUUUGCGGUGGACGUCGCGCGCAGGGGCCACCACGUCGUCGUCGCGAACGCGUUCAACCCCGCGUUCGCGUUCAGGGACCUGCUGGGGGCGAUCGAGCGCGUCCCCGGGGUGCUCGACCUGUCCGCCGCCGCUGAAGCGUCCCCUACGUCCGCCGGGGGCGGCGCCGACGCGCAGGUACAGCGGAUCCACGCGUUCUUCUCGCGCGAGCAGGCCCCCGAGCUGUACGUCGUCGCGCACAACGUCGAGGGCGGCGCGUUCCGCGCGCCCAAGCACCGCGCCGCCCUCGCGCUCCUCGCCCUCGCUCCCCACAUCCACCUCGUCGCGUCCGUCGACCACAUCGCCGCGCCCGCGCGCUGGUCCCUCUCCGAACUCUUCGCGCGCAAGCCCGACCCGCCCGCCUCCUUUGACCGCCCUGUGUCCCCUACGAAGUCUAGGCGCGCGUCACAAGAGCCGUCGCAAGGCCUGGGGCCGCGGAGGGGCUUCGCGUGGCUCUGGCACGACCUCACGACGCUCGCGCCGUACGACUUCGAGCUCGCGUACGCGGACCCGGGCGCACUCGCGGGGGCGGCCGCCCUGCGCGGGACGCGUGCCCCUACUGCGUCGGCGGCGGCGCUCGCGGCUGCUGCGAAGGGGGCGGGAGGGGCCGCGGCGGCGGCGGUGGUGGUGACGGAGACGGCGGCGCGGCACGUGCUGGCGAGCGUGACGCAGAAGGCGAAGAAGCUGUUCGUGCUGCUGGGGACGCGGCAGCUGGAGAGCGAGAGCGAGGCGGUGGACGGGGUGAGGGAGAAGGAGAAGGAGGCCGCGUACGACUACGACCGGCUGUUCGCAGCGGCGCGGGACAACUUCGUCGCGACGAACGACACCGCGCUGCGCGCGCUGCUGGGCGAGUUCCGGGACCAUGGGCUGGUCGUGGCGACGACGGACGCCGCGGGUGCGGAGGCGCUGUGGAUACCGAUGAGGAGGGAGGGGCUGUUGAGGAUCGUCGGGGAGCUGCAGGCGGAG